AUGUCUGCGGGCCAUAUCAAGAUAGCACUAUUGGACGAUGCAAGGGGCCAUGAUAUUGGAAACCGCCGAUAUUUGGGUUUAAGCAAGGCCGUUUGGCAAGAGAUUUUCAGCCAACUGGAAAAGAAGAAGGCGAGGCGAAAAUACCUUAGCAACAAAGGGGGGCGACGGGGAAAAAUUGGCAGUUUGGAGGGUUGGGAUUACCGGGUAUGGCUAGUUUAG